AUGCAGGAUGAAGCAUGGCAAGAACGGUUCAAAGCAGUAAUCAGUAAGCCUUCGAAUAAGGUUGGUUUCGGGGAAACUAAGAGACUGUUUGCUGAAAUACGCGGAUGGAGCAAUUUUGGUGCGGUGUUCUUCGUUUCAUCAUUGACUGGAGAAGGAAUAGACCCUUUACGACGUCACUUAAAAGAAAUGGCAUCUGAGAAACGAUGGCGACUGGACAAAUCGACCAUAACCACAAAGAGUCCACAACAACUAUGCUUGGACUCUAUUCGUGCUGCUCUUCUCGACACUUUGCCUGCUAAUGUAGCAUACGUACUACAACCACAAAUCAGUGAAUGGAACGAAGAUGGAGAGGUUCUCCAAAUUGUUGUGGACAUUCCUUGCGAAAAGGAACGGAUAGGAAAGCUCGUACUUGGGAAGGGUGGACAAAGAAUAGUAGACAUUGGAAAACGUGUCAACGACCACAUGAGUAAUUUGUUUGCAAGACAACUGUUUGUUCGUAUCCUUGUUAAGCACAACAAAAAAGUCAUGAGUAUUCUUUCUUAA